AUCCGAUUGGUUCACUUUUCCUUUCUCUCCUCGUUUCUCAAGUGACCAUGAACUACACACCGUUACGCGUCUUCUUCUCUUCUUGAUUCCUUGGCAAGAAAUCUUCUCCGAUAACUGGAAAUCGAUAAACUUGUUGGCUUCCCGGAGAUGGUUUCCUUUGCGAUUUUCGUCUUCGUUACCGGAUUUUUGCUGGGGAUUCUUACCAUCGUGACGGCGGAAUUAGCGGGGUUUUUGUAUCUUCUGAAUCGAUUGAAUCGGAAGAGAAAUCGCCAGGAAUCGAGUACGGGUUCUGAUCCAGCACUCACGGAGUUUGAUCCUCCCCAGUCCAGUGCUCUCAGUCUCAACAAACAGGGAGUGAUUUGGGUUUUGGAGUUGGAUGAAAGUUUAAAGGAAUGGAUGAAGGAAAAGCUACCAAAAGAGCAAAAAAAGAAGAAAGACCUCUUGGAUGUACAUCCAGUUAGGAAAUUUGCUCGCAUCAAAGACCAUAAGCUGAUCUUAUCAGAGACAAAUAACACUCAGACUAUUAUUACUUUGAAAGGUUGCUCGGUUGAUGCUGUUUCAGGGUCUGAACUCCCGACAAGGAAAUGGGCUAAAAGAUUUCCUAUCCAAGUAGAGAGCAAAACUUCAGAGUUGUACAAGGGAAACCGGGUGUUUUACAUCUAUCUCGAGACUUCUUGGGAGAAGGAGUCAUGGUGUAAAGCACUUCGUCUUGCUGCUUGCAUGGAUCAGGAAAGGUCUAUCUGGCUCACCAAAUUGAAAGACGAUUUUCGAAACUACAUGUCUUCCCUUAAUGUUGCAUAUCCUUCGUUUAUGAAACCAUCAGCUGAGUUUAGUUUUGAGUCAUUGGACAAGGGGCUUAAAACGGAUGGUCCCUCAUCAAAAGUUCGUUCACUCUGGAAGAAGUUUUCAAAAAAGUAUUCAACUAAAGUGAAUACGGCCCCUUCGAACCGUGAAGACAAGAAGACUUCAACCCGUCCUUACCAAGAUUCACAGUCUACCGGUAGCUCUGGAAGGAGCACACCAGCAAGAAUGAUGAGAGAUAACAUCCCUGAGGAAACCGAUGUGCAAGUUUUCUCACGUACUUGGAGCCAUGGCAGUCAUGUUUCGGAUGUAGACUCAGAAGACAAGUUUUUUGCUGAUGAAGGAACAUUGGCGUGGAACUUACUAAUUUCUAGGCUGUUUUUUGAUGUCAAACAGAACACAGGGAUAAAGAAUCAAGUGCAGGAACGAAUCCAGCGGGUGGUGUCCAACAUGAGACUUCCCAGCUACAUAGGCGAUUUAAUCUGCUGUGAUGUAAACAUUGGAAAUCUCCCACCUUAUAUACAUGGUAUAAGGAUUCUUCCAUUGCAGAUGAAUGGUGUGUGGGCGUUCGAAUUAGAUAUUGAAUACAGUGGCGGUGCGGGACUUGAAGUUGAAACUCGGGUUGAUGCCAGAGAGGAAGAUCUGCAGAAAGGCAUAGCUGAAGGAAAAUUGCAGCCAAAUUCUGCUGGGGAUGUUCCUCCAGAUCUACUUGAAGGUCUUGCGGAUUUUGAAAAGCAAUUAACUGACCCCCAGCCAGGAGGAACUGUUGAUGCACAAGAUGUGAAAACUGGAGGAAGCGAUAAAGCUGAUGAAUCUAAGGGAUCAAAAAGCACAAAAUCAGGUUCGAACAAUGGAUCCAAGUGGAAGUCUAUUCUGAAGAACAUCGUUGAGCAAGUUUCCCAGGUUUCAAUUAGUUUGUCAAUAGGAGUUACUUCGCUUCGAGGGACACUGCGUGUACACAUGAAGCCGCCUCCAUCUGAUCAACUAUGGUUUGGCUUCACAAGCAAUCCCGAUAUUGAAUUCGCCCUUGUCUCAUCUGUUGGUGAACACAAAAUCUCAAACAGCCAGGUUGCUACGUUCUUGAUCAACCGGUUUAAGACGGGGAUACGAGAGGUCAUGGUGCUCCCGAACUGCGAAAGCGUAACCAUUCCUUGGAUGAUAGCUGAAAAGGAUGAUUGGGUCCAACGCAAAGUCGCUCCAUUCAUUUGGCUGAAUCAAGACUUGACUAGUGAUCACGACAGCUUCGAAGCCGCAGAAGCGAAAUCUAAAGUUGACAAGCCCCCGAAUUCUGAACAAUUGCAGAAACUUGCCAACGUUCCCGAGAAGCCAAGAAUUGAGAAUGAACCUGUGGCUGCACCAUCAGCAGCUAAUUCCGAAGCUUUUAUAGUAGAGAGUGAGCAAUCCUUGGAAGAACUCAAGACUCCGCUGCUGGAAAGCAGCGAAAAGCAGGAGACGAUAGCACGAGGAGGCAAUCGUGGGGAGAUUAUUCCGGAUAGUGUUCAGUCAUCAUCGUCCAGGUCGAUUGUUUCAAGUGAAGAGGAUGAUUCGAAUUCGAAGGGAAAGAAAAUGGGAACAAAAGAGAGGAUGUUUGAUUUUAGGAAGAAAGUUGGAGAGAAGUUUGAAGAGAAGAAGCGUCACGUGGAGGAAAGAAGUAGACAGAUUGUUGAAAAGAUGAGAGGACCUUGACACUCAAGGGUAUAGAUCAAGAAAAUUUAGUUUCUUUUUUUUCCAGGUUUCAGACACAAAAAAGCUGAUAUGGAGAAUCAGAUUAGGAGAUUGUUACCUGUGUUCAUAUGUUUGGUAAAAAUAUCAAAAGAACUCAUUACGAAAUAUUUCUUUAUUAUUUAUUAUUGUUAUUACAAA